CGUAUAGAGCUAUACGGUGGUUACAUUUUGUGUCAUAAAGCAGAAGCUGGAAAACCAGUGAGAUCUCUGUUUUAGCCUCCUCAUAUCUGAGUCAGAAGUCUGUCAGGGUUUGGGCGCUUCACAAGAGAAGCAGAGAUCAGACUUCUUGGAUGCGGAAGGACCCAUAAGCAACUCCGAAAACUGAGGAAGGGCAAAAAGUCAUUCUGCCUAAAUUUUCUUGGGAGCUGUCAGAGAGAGGCAUCCUCUCACGGAUACCAGAAGUAGCAACUGCUCGCUUGAACAUGAUUGCAUGAGAUUUUAAAGAUACUGACUCUUCAAAAUAUAACACAAUAUCAAAAGAGAAGUUCUGGAAUAUUUGUAACCGACAUUUUCAGCAUCUGACAGAAGAGCAAUAAGGUAGGCAUCUCCAGCUGAGAAGUCCUCCAGACUAGAUCCUGUCUACUUUACAGUCAAAAAGAAGCAAAGGGACAGAGGAGCUAUUUUAUACUUCGAAAGAACCUCAGACAAGUGAAGAAAAAAAUUCCUGAUAGAAACUGUCAUCCAUAAUAGCAAUGAGAAGCAGGCCUGAAGAGCCUCAUUUAUAUAAGCAGCAGCCUCUCUUUUGAAAAUCUUUGGAACACAGUGGAUGUUGAUGCUGGUGGAUGGUUGAAAUAUCAGGAAUUUUAGAAGAAAUUCAGCUCAGAACUUGUAACAAUGUCAUCAAGCACUCCCAGUGCUACCAGUCCUGCAACUUCUACCAAGCCAGCUACCCAUGCAUCUUCUCAGCCUGAGCAUCCCGAGACAUUAUCUUCUCAAGUGGGGCAGAAGAGUACAUCAGCAUCCAGACGUCCUCAGACAACAACAACAUGUUCUGCACCUGUCCUUAACUGGGAAGUAAUAGAAAAUAAGAUAAGAAAGAAUAUCCAGUGUUCCUGGAGAGACAUACUGAAGCUGUGUCAAGAGAAGGAUGUCAGCAAGCUAGGAGAAAUCCCAGUGUCAGACUUCCUAGAUAUAGCAGAGAAGUUCCAUUUGGAUUUAAGCAAAGAGGAAAUUAACCAAAUAACAACAAAAUAUGAUAUCAAGAAAAAGGGAAAAUUUGCAUACUAUGACUUCUUUCAGAGCUGUAUCUUGUUGCUAAAACCCCAGAAAAGCACACUGCUACAAAGAGUGAUUAUACCAAAGCCACAAAAACCGAUGAGUCCUGGACCACAAACCAUGUUGUUCUACAGCACAAUGCUGAGAAUUCAGCCCCAGAUCUUGCACUGCUGGAGACCAAUGAAGCGCACUUUUAAAUCCUAUGAUGAAAGUCGUACUGGACUGUUAAAUAUUGCAGAUUUCAGACAAGUUCUUCAUGAGUACAAAAUCAACCUAUCCGAAGAAGAGUUAUUUAACAUUUUGGAAUAUUAUGAUAAAACUCUAUCUUCAAAAAUAUCCUACAAUGAUUUUCUCCGGGCAUUCUUACAGUAGGAUUUGGACAAAUGCAGGAAACUGUAGAUAAAGACAGUGACGGAUUUAUAAUUUCAAAUUUCAAACUAAUAAAUUAAUUGAG